AUGGGUCUCAAGGCCAACUUUGAAGAGACGCCGACGCUGCUCGCUCCGCCGUCGUAUCUCGACAGCACCACCAGCGCCCCAGCAGCAGGAGCACCAUCCCAAAACAGUAACACUAACAUCGCACCGCACUACAUAGCAUGGGACCUUGUCGUCGCAGCAUUCCUAGACGGCGCACAAACAGAAGCAGUCCAUGACCUUGACAAAGAGGAAGCGCAAGCCACUGCGCUCCUCGAGGUCCUUUGCAGCCUGCGACUCGUCUCUCGCCUGCUCUACUCGGUCUCCAUGUCGCGACUGCGGCCGAUGUACUUUGGCGAGUACCUCAAAGCGAUCUCUGCAACUGUUUACUCGACCAACCUGCAGCCACACCUGCUCGAUCGACCGUGUCGGGAAACGCGUGUACUCGACCAUUACAUCUCGUACCGCAUCAAUCGCCGCCAUCUUGCUGCACGCUCAUCACUCUUGCUCAACAACGACGACAUCGAGUCCGAUCAGCGACAAGUUUUGCAGGAUCUGUUCAAAUGGCUCCAGCCACAAACCUACAUGGAGGACGAAAUUGGCAGAGCCCUCAGCAGCUCUAGACGCGUAUCGAACGGUGUGCAGUUUGAAGACCUGCUGGUGAGGUUCAGGUUCACCCGAGCCGCGAUCACGCUACCAUUCCUAAUUGAUUCUUCGUCGGUGCCAUCUGCAACGUCAUCCCCCAACAUAGUGCGCAAAGAGUGCGUGGCGGUCGAACGAGCUUCGAGCGAGCCAGUCUUUGUCACGGCGCAUCGGCUACUCGACCUCUUGAAUCAACUCAUCUUUGUCAGAAAGGCACAGGGCGACAAAGUCUGGUAUCAGCUCGUUGGGCAGACUGGCUGA